UAGGAAUACCCCUCUCAACUUAAAUAUCUGUUGUUGUUGAGCGGUACCAACAUCAGUAGCAGUAGUUCGCGAGAUGCCGAUUCUGUAACUUCAUACUUUCUAAACAUAUGACAAUUACUAUGCAUUGGAAACCGUGUUUAGUGCAAACUGUGACACUAAUAUUAGGAUAUUUUAUUAUUAUCGAUGGUUAUGAACAAAAAUCGAGAGUAAAACGACCUAGAGCACCUCCAGCGGAACCCGAAAACGAUGUUGAAAGCGAUUUUGAAGAAAGAAAUAAAGAAUUGAACGCUAAUUAUGUGCCGCCAGGUUUUCUUAGUCCAUCUGUGAUUGAAUAUCUAGAACUAGGAAAAUCUAUACCAGGAAGACCUGGAUCCGAUUAUCCGGUUUUGAGCACCGUCCCUUAUACGAAUUUUUACUGCGACGAUCAGAAAUAUCCCGGUUUUUACGCCGAUCCCGAAACGCGUUGUCAAAGUUGGCACUAUUGCGACAUCGACGGACGUCAAACGAGUUUCUUGUGUCCCAAUGGAACCCAGUUCAGUCAGUUAGUUUUCGUCUGCGAUUGGUGGUUCAACGUUAGAUGCGAUUUGAGCGAAAAGUUAUAUGUCAUCAAUAGUCGUUUAUAUGGUACGCCGAAGCUGGAUCCGACGAGACCUCAUCGAACCAUUACGAAACAAAUAUUAGAAGAUAUUUUUAAUGAUGACGAAGAAACAUAGAUGACGCGACUAGAUGCUGGAAUAUUGUCGGGGUUGGUCAAUAUCGACAGUGUGCGAAACAAAUAAGAACAUUUGAUAUUUUACGAUGAGUUCUUCUAAUAAAUAACUUGUGGUUGUUGUAAUCUUCGAUUAAGAAAGAAAACUGUACCUAAUUUAGAUUUUUUUUUAUAUUUUAAAUUUACCAUCUAUGUGUAGUUGGAUCUUAAUAAAAUAUGAGUUUUUAAGGUAAA